AUGGAUUCACUUAUCUGCAACUUUCCAAAAUGCAGAAAGGAACUCGAAGCCUUUGCAUGGGUAACGUCCUGCUCCCAUAUAUUUUGCGAUGAUGAUGGUUCCAGACAGUUUAGCAAAGCUUUUAAGUGUCCAGCGUGUGAUACAAUAGUAUCUGGAAGAUUUGAUAUUAUACGUGUGGACUUAAAACCAUCGGAACAAUAUAAAUCGAUGGUUCUUGCUGGUCUAAAACCCGAGACAGUUAUGGAAAUCUGCACUCGAUCUUUAUCCUUCUGGACAUACCAGACGCAGCAAGAAAAAUCAUAUCAAGAAUAUGUGUCCAGUAAAGCUAAAGAACGAGCUAUUCAACUAGAACAGUACUAUGAACAAAUUGUAACAAGGACACACGCGGAGCUUAAUACUUUAAAAUCUCAAAUCGGAACCGCAAAAAAGGAACUAGAGGUUGCCAAAAAGAAGUACAAUGAAGUCACUGAAAAGCUACAAGAAAAAAGUCGUCAAAAUCAAAAAUUACAGUCAUUGUAUGAUGCUCUAAGACGUCGAUGUAUAACACCUUGUCUUGGUAAUCGUGAUCAGCCAUCUGACAAUUCCAAGCAUUUACCCACAAACUAUAAUAUACCACUAUCAUUGACAACUGUAGAAGGUUAG